GAGAAGCACUGAUCAUCGACUUGGCGCUCUUUGGCCACAUCUGGCCCUUGCGCCAAUAAACUCUACUAAUCAAUCAAUCAAUCUUUACAAAACCGCAAAACUAAUUUUCUGUCGCAACUACCAGCUAAAAAUGUCCGGUAGAGGACCGUUUCCCGCUUACUAUCAAGCGCAUCGACAUGCACAUAUGAGCGCAACUGAAGAAAAAGAAGAAAAGAGCAUUCCGGCGCGGAGGCUUGAUUGCGUUCCUCGCCUUUGACUGGAACAUUUCUUACCUACAUCGGGCAGCCUCUCACGGUCCUGAUCUCUUGAAUACUCGCGGCGCCGUCCCUUUUUCAGCCGGGGUGUACCGGCAAAAGCCAUGGCCACAACGAGCACCACCCCGCAAACAGUGCCGCCAAGCAGCGAGGGAUGCAUUCCAGGUGAGACGACGAAAAAGAGCUUGACGGCCCCAGAGGCGGAGCUGCAGCGAAACGAACGCAGCUUCCAGCCGUGCCUCGAAUUUCUCAUGCCCGUCUACCUGCUGCCUUUUGUCUUCAGCGAUAAGGAAGGCACCUGCAUCUACUGCAUCCUGCUGACCGUGGUGGGUCUCACCGGCGGGCUGCUUCCGCCAGCCGUAGCCGCCGUGCUGCCCAUCGCCAUUCUCCCUCUGGGCGACGUUUAUGACACAGACGGCCUGGCCGCUCAGUACUUUGGCCCUCACGUGCUCACGGCGUCUGUCCUAUUCGCCCUCGCCUUCUUGGGCGACGAGACAACCGUGUUCUUCCGGCUGUGCCUGCACGUCAUUCAACGCUGCGCCCUGCGGUUGCGGCCGCUCCUCCUCUACCUGCAGCUCCUGGUGUUGGUACUGAGCCUGCUGCUUCCCAGCACCAUCAUCGUGAUCUUCAGCCACGUCUUCAUUGACCGCUUCGUCACCACCGUGCACGACGAGAUCGUCGGCGGCGACCAGCGCAGCGUCGUCCGAAUCCAGACAGCCAGCUCCAACUAUUCGGAUGAAGCGCGGGGUCGGAGGUGGCGUCGCGGGAGCAGAGUCACGAAACCGGAACGGAGGGCCAGGAGCGUGUCCAUGGUCAGCGAGGCAGCGAGCGAGGCAUCCGGCAACAGCUCCUCGGUGAAACAGAGCGGGAUGCGUAUGCUGCCGCCCACGCCGACACACGGACGGGAUGAAAAGAAAACUCCUCGCAAGACUUACUCCGGAGCCUUCAGCCGACCGCGCAUCGAAGAUGGCCGCGACAACGAGUGGUCGCGCUACGCUCCUGUGUGUCGCAACCUCUCCUUGAGCUCGCAGAACAAGCCGCCGCCGUCGUCCAUCCUGAAGCGCAACCCCAACACGCCACCACCGUCGCCAGUGACGACGUCCUCGUGUUCGGGACUGUCGCCGGUGGCCUCGCCGUUGGUCGCCUCCUCGAGGACGAAGGACCCGGAAGGCAGGAACGGAGCCCCCUCGGCACGCACGUCGCCGCAGCCGCCGCCGCGCAAAGAAGUCGGGCACGAUGCUCGCGUCGAGUCACCUGCCGUCAUGACCACGCACACGGAGUCGUCGUUCACGCCCUCUCCGCUCCUCGGGCCUCAACCCAACCAAGCUCCAGCGUCCGGUUCGUUGACUUGCGCCGGUGCGGCGGACGCUUCUGCCGCUCUGAGCGGCGGCUUCGAGUCGUCUAUGCUCCUGCGGAGUUGCUCGAACGGGGGCGCCAUGGCCAAGCGCCCGAAGAGGGACGAGCCGGCGCCCUCUUCGACAAAGCUUCGAUCGACAGCGCAGCACAGCCGUGACCGAGACGCUGUUACGCCUCGUAAGCCUCAACACCGGCACCAUGCGUUAUCGGCCAACAACAAGCGGCAGCCAGAGCAAGCGGCUUGUCUCUCCCUCGACACGACGGCCGACACACGGCAGGAAUCGCGGCGGACGUCCGCGCCGAAGAGCGAGACGGUGCCACCACCGCCCGAGACUACGGCGCCAACAUCCGACCCGAUGCCCGAGCCAGUGCAGGAGAAGGCGACAGCUUGCCAGGCCCAAUCGGAAACAAAGCCAGAAGUGCGCGGUGUUCUGAAAAAACGAAGCCCGCCAAAUCAGCCCGACAAUGCGAGGCGCAGCUGGAGCUUGUCCAGCAGGUCGCUGAAACCGAUCGCGCCGUUAGAGAACGAAGACUUUGGCCCCAGGGCGCCGUGUCAGCUCCCCGCGGCAGGAUCUGAGCCUCCAACCACAGGGCGGUGCAGCCUUAGCGCACAGCGCCCUUCCAUGAGCGAUAUGAAGUCGCCGACAGAAAAGGGCUCGAGUUCUCUCACCCCAGAACAGCCGACGUUGUAUCUGCGCGUGCGAAACCUAACUACCGCGGUGCGCCCUGCAUUCAUCGCCAGUGCCGCCUACACCGCCAUCUUUGGGAACAUGGCGAGUUUCAACACGCUUUCCGCGCGGAAGGCCGUCCUCGUCACUCUUGGCUGCCAUGACGAGCAGUGCCCAGUGAGCUGGUCGAGGUGGCUGGUGGUGUCCCUACCAGUCAUGGUGACGUGUUGCGCCAUUUCCUGGACAUCCAUUUACUGGACCAGCCUCGUCAGCUGGGAAAACAGCAUCGACGAGCAAACGCACAGAGACAUGUCCAAGAGCGCAAAGGACCGUCAUCAGAACAUGAAGAGGCACACUAUUCGGGAGGCGUUGCUCUUCUACUGGCUGAUCGGGGUUCCUAUCGCCUCCAGCGCUUAUGCGGCCCAGCACCCCGGAAGGUACUUGGAAGGCCCUUUCCUUGGCCUCACACUGCUGGUGCUGAGCACUGCGCCGGGACCAGUGUGGCGCCGCUGCUGGUCGCUUUGCUUGCUGUGCUGGAGGAACAUCUGCUCUCGCAUGCCGUGGGACAUCAUCCUGAUGAUCGGGUCCGUCAUGGCGCUCGGCAGGACGGUCGAGAGGUACCGGCUAGUCGAGGUUGGCCUGGCGAAGCUGGACGAUCAUUUCUGGGCGCAACGGUCUGCUAAGUCCAGCCAGUUCAUCCUGGUCAGCGUGGCAGCUGUGCUCUCGGAAGUCGUGGUUGGGGACUCUCUAGCAAGAUCUAUGGCAACCACAGUGGUUCGGGUGGCAGUGGUGACGGAGACCCCGCUUUCAUUCUACGUGGUACCGGUGAGCAUGAUGGCCUCCAUCAAUUUGGUGCUGCCCGUGUCGCUCCCGCUGCUGAUCAUGCGCGAAUACUUCCAAACCAAGUCCACGGAGAUGCUCGCCUACGGCGUUCUGAUCAAGUGCACCGCCGUCCUUGUCAUCUUCAUCUCCAUGAACACCAUCGGCCUCCUCGUGUUCCAAGGCGACCAGCCACGCGCAGUGCGAGCCAUCGGCGUUAUCUGCAACGCCACUGACACUGACAGGGCAACCCUGUGAUAUUCCGUAGUGCUAUUUGUAUAACAUCCACUCUUUGUGGGCGCGGUUUGUUUUCUAUUUGUGCUUUAUUGUUCUUAUUGAACGAGUUCUUUGAUUGUUGUGAGAUGUGUCGCAUUCGCAAUGAGUUCCGUUAUUUGGAAUAUUUUCUAUUUGUACUCA